GUUUGCUUGCUAGGCUUACUCUAUUGGUUAAAAUAAAUAAACUGCGCAUUUGUGGAUACCCUGUAAUUUAAAUGAAAAUGCUGUUACGAAAGCCGUGUGGCAUGGACUGUUUCUGUCCUCGGGUAUGUAACAGCACACAAAUGUAGCCUACAGAUUGACAGAUCAUUUGUUUAAAACCAGGUCACGUAUUCUGUGAAUCCAGCAGCUCAACAAUGUUCCGUGCCACAACUGCCUCCUUAUGUGUGUACUGCCAGAGGAUGAGGGUCUUCAACUCUCCUAGCGGGGCUCCCUCUUCAACCCUGACCAGCAAGCGCCCCGAGAAUCAACAGACAGUGGACUCACUCUACAACCUGUCAGUGGACAUCCGCAAGGUGCGCAAGUUCAAGGGUUGGGUCCUGUCAGAGAACCUGGCGUACGUAUGCGAGACAGCCGACUUGCUGAGAGACAUGGGGGCCGACACUGCCGUUAUCGCCACGGUACUGGAGACCCACCCCGAAGCGGUUCUGUGUCGGCCAGUGGACGUUGCUGCCCAGCGGGACCUGUGGGCCACCGUGUGCCCCAACCGCCGCAAACUGGUGGGAAUCAUCGAAAAGUUUCCUGCCUCUUUCUUUACACUGACUCACCACACCAACCAGCGGGCCAACAUCCAAUACUUCCAGAGCCUUCGCCUCAGCAAGCGAAUCAUCGGCAAGCUGAUGGCCAGUGCCCCCCAGAGCUUUAGCCGACCUGUGGAAUGCAACCAGGAAGUGAUCAACACGCUGCGGGACACCUACCUGGACCUGGGAGGGGACGAGGGCAACCUGCGGGUCUGGCUCCAGAAGCUGCUGAGCCAGAACCCCUACAUCCUGUUGCGUCCUGCCGAGGCCUGGAGGGACAGCCUGGGCUUCCUGAGGGAGCAGGGCUUCUCCACAGAGGAGCUCCUCAGACUGGUGUCCAGCCUCCGGGCCUCCAUCGCAGAGCUCCAGCCGGCAGCCAUGCGCCAGGCGCUGGACUACACUCAGGGGGCGCUACAGCUCUCCCACGUGGAGCUAAGGGUGACGGUGCUGCGCUGCCCCGCGCUCCUGUACUACUCCGUGCCCACCUUGGCGGGUCGCCUGCAGGGACUGCUGGAUGUGGGGGUGAGCAUGGAGCAAGUGAAGGAGACACCCAACGUGCUGGAGCUCACCCCGCAGAUCGUUCUGUACCGUAUCCAGAAGCUUGGGUCCUACGGGUAUGACGUGAGGGGUGGCAGCCUGGACGUUUUUGUCGGUACAAAGAAGGACUUUGAGAUGAGCUACAGCAAACUGCAUCUCAGGCAACAAAGGCCUCUCUUCAACCCUGUUGCUCCUCUUAGAUCUGCUGAAGAGUGAAUGUAAAACUGACCAUAUCGGCUAACUAACUGUUGCACUGCACUGUAGCUAUUUAACAGGAGUUUUGGUGUUCCGGGUUUUACAGUGAAACAAAAUUGUUAAUAUGUAGACCGAAUGGUCUGCAGUGACAUAG